AUGGUCGCCCGGGGCGCGGCAUCCAUCAUACCCGCCGACGACGUGGGAACCGGCUUGCCCAACCUGCCGCGAUUACCGAUAACGUGGGCAAAUAAACAAGCGCGGGAGCCGGCGGGCGCCGCGGGGCAGCACGGGGCGGCGGCUGGCGCGGAGCAGGUGGCGCCCCGGGGGCAGCACCUGGUAGAUCCGCCCCUGCCGCCGGCUGUGGGCCACGCGGCAGGACUGUCGAGCUCCAGCCUGCCUGCCGCCUCGGGACGUGACACGAACGAGCUGAUGAAAUAUGAUUGCGAGUGCGUGCGCCGCGCGCUCCGCAUGCUAAUGCGGCGGGAGCGCGGCGGGGGCGGUGCGGGCGGCAGGGGCGGGGGCGGUGCGGGCGGCAGGAGCGGGGGGCGGCGAUGA